CCACAUGAUCAUUAUCUCUCCUUUCCCCUCUCUCUCUCUCUCUCUUUACUCACGCUCUAGGCCAAAAUAUCAUUAAUGUCGAUAUCCUUCCCCCUCUCACUUUUUAAAUUCUAGAGAAUAGUAAAUUAAUUUCCUAAUUAUCCCUCUCAUUUCUCCCAAUCUUUGCUAAUUAACUAAAUCUAGGGCUUAAAAAUUUCACUAUAAGUACUGCUUGUUCUUCUUUUUGUUUUUAACUAUUCCAAUCUUGUAGCAGCGGUGCAAUCUAAGAGUCGUUAGUUGUACUGCUCUGCCUUUUGGCGCUAAUGGAGAGCUGAUGGAGUGAUGUCGUGAUACAGCUAUCCCGCAACUUGGACACAGGAUCACAUUUUCUUCCGUACAACUUUGUUCUUUUCAGUCUAAGCCAUUACUCACAAUGGAAAGUAAACUUUGGAAGGUAAAUAAAUGAUGGGGGGAAGGUAAGAUUGAAAGAGGAAUUUGCUGAGGGAGAACUGAGUUGUCUGAUGUUUUUAGCGAAAGUGCAUCUUGGCAAGUACUACAAAAGACUAGCAGGAAGUAUUUAGAUACUCGACAGCAGCUUAUGAGAAUGAGCCAAGAAGCUAUUCAAGGGAAUAGCUCCUAUGCUGCAGUAGCUCUUCCUGUCAAGCGGGGUCGGGGUCGGCCACGCAAGGAUAACAACCUAAAGCGUGUAAAAACUGCUCAUUUUUCACCAGGGUUUGUACAAACAAAAGAGAUCCGGCCCCAACAAAUAGAUACAGUUAAUGUUGCAAAUGAUGGAAUGAUAGGUCAGGCUGUUACAGGUGUUGUCGAAACUGCAUUCGAUGCUGGUUAUCUUCUGAGUGUUAGGAUUGGUGACUCCAAUACAAAUUUCAGGGGUAUUGUUUUUAAGCCAGGGCAUUUUGAUCCUGUCACAGCAGAAAAUGAUGUGGCACCACAUGUUCCGAUGAUUAAAAGGAAUGACAUUCAUCUACCCAUUAGAAACCAAGUUCAGGUACAUGGCCAGGAUCGGUCUUUAGUGCGGUCUCAGCUAAAUGUAUUACCUUCAACAACAGCUCUGUCUGGUCAUUUGGUGGGUGCCCGUGGUGCUGUUGUUCCUGUUGUCCUUCAACCUGUCAACCUGACCAAUGGAUUUCCACCUACUAUGCAAGUUCCUCCAGUUUCCGCCCAAGCUGCUCAUAUGACAGCUCUAAAGGAGAGAAGUUUGCAGACUGUUUCUGCCUUGGCUACGCUGCCACCCGAUGGAUCACUAAUUGAAGUGACCAAGGGCAUUGAGGCCUCUCAUAAGUUGUCAGCAGAGAAAUUGAGUGUGCUCCUGGAACGAGAUAUUGGCGACAUGAAUGAACUUCCUUCUGUAGAACCAAGCGAUUCCAUGAAUUCUCCUCUUCCCACAAAGAUUACAUCUGUUUCAAAACCAUUGAUGAAUUACGGGAUUGGCAGGAUGACGGAGCUUUUACAGGCAGUGCAGGAAAAUCUAAUGGAGAACCAGGUGCUUCAUGUUGGGGAAUCAUCCAUUGGCCCUGGUGAAGAGCGUAUUAGAAAGAGGAAUCCAAAAAUGGAUGGUUAAAAAAAAGAGGAAUCAAGUGUUCAGUAGGGAAGACAUCCACAAAUUGUGAUAUCUGAUGUCUUUCAUCCCUAGCUCAGAGAGACCUCGAUGGCACAUGCAGUUGUUAUUCAAUUGCUUCUGAAGUUGUUCCUUGUCUUUUCCAUGGAAUGACACAUUUGAGGUGAAAAAAGACCAGAAAAUGGGUUAAGUGUUGGGGGAGUCAAAAUUCCCUUUGUUUAGCAUGGAGAGGUUCUUGUUUUGUUAUUUUCUUAAUUUGCUUAGACAUAAUUUCUGAAUUUUCUUUUGGUGCUUUAAUGAUGAAAUUGUCUGAAAAGCUAAUCUGCUGUUGUUCUGAGGACAAGCCGUAAAGGACCAGAGGGGAAGAGUGACCCUUCAAUUUUCUUUCA